AGAUAGGUAAGAAUAUUCGCGGACUGUGAUUUGGCCAGAAAUAUUCACAUUUAUUCCAUCAGGCUGCAAUCUGCCUAAAAGUGCUAGUCUUGAAUCACCUUCUCUUAAAAUUGGACAUUGAAUUGAGUGUUUAACUGAGUUGCUACUCUAGAAUUGUCUAGCGUGCAGUUACUUUGCUUACUAACAUGUCGGGUGACCACUCAGUUGCUGUUCAACCUCCAGUCUUGUGGGCUCAGAGAAAUGAUUGCUUGUAUAUCACAAUAAGUCUCACUGAUAUAAAGAAAAAAACAAUCGAUAUCAAAGACCAGUCAUUGGAGUUCAGAGCUAAUGCUGGCAAAGACAAACAAACUGACUACGAAGUGAAGCUUGAUUUUUAUGCACCAGUUUGCACAGAAGACCCCAAGAUUUCCGCAUCUGGUCGUGAAGUUGUACUGUGUAUCAAAAAGAAAGAACCAGGCUCAUGGCCUCGCCUUCUCUCUCAGAAGACUAAAUGCGCCUGGCUAAAGACCGAUUUCAGCCGCUGGAAAGAUGAAGAUGACUCCGAACCUGAUAUGGAUGGAAACAAUUUCUCUAGUAUGCUCUCUCAGAUGUCAAAUUUCAAUGAUUAUGGUGGCGAUGAUGGAGUGGAUGGAGACCUGGAUUCUGAUGACGAAGAUCUCCCUGAUCUCGAGGUGCCGAGCACGGAUGCUGAAAAACUCGAAAAGAAUGGAACUGAAGGAGAAGAAGAAGAGGAGAAGAAACCAGAGAUUAAGGCCUAGGAAAUCACUUGAGUGAACAGCCCAAAUAUCACACGACGGUAGUCCGUAAACCGUCUGUACAUGAGCAUUUUUACAACUCUGCACCAUUAACUAUGUUCUUAUUACAAUUCUUAACAGAAUAAUUCUGCUUUUUAUUGCUUUGUCAUGGUACAUUUGUUCACUGUAUUUUCAUCAUUAUAUUUCUAGGUUCUCAUUAAUCAUUCACAUUCGUGUGUACUUCUUUUCGUAGCAGUAGCCCAUAUGACAUGCAG